AGGCACCAUGGAAGGGUCGCACCUCAACGCUACAACAAGGCCAUACCACCCGCAAUCUUGCCGUCCAAGAAAGAUCAAUCUCAAGCUAAAGGACAUCUCGAAAUUUUUCCACCUGAGGCAAUCCGAGGCAGCAAAGCAGCUUGGAAUUUCGCUCACCUCCCUCAAGUCUUCUUGCCGUCGUUUUGGGAUCCUGCGUUGGCCGAGUGCGAGGGGAAAUCAUAAUCACUUCAUGGGAGAACUGCCGGUAUCGCCCAGCCCCGAGCCGUCAAGGCCAAGUAACGAUACUAGCUCUGCUUCCGCAGCCAGGGCCUCCUCGAACUUGCCUGCUGCUCCUGCGGAAGAGGGAGAGGCUCCGCCGUUGGAUCCUGCAUGGAUGGAAUGGUUUUUAGAAACGCCGCUGACUCCCGUUGAAGACGAGGGAGGGAACGUAGGGGAUCUCGUGGAAGAGACAAGUUUACCGUGUUUGUGAAGGGGAGGAAGGAAGACUGUUAACGAUCCCUGAGUUGGUGUUUGUGAGGAUGGAAAGGGAAUGAUGUGUGAGAGUUGUGAUAUAGAGUUGUUCUACCAGAAGGCAUUCAAACAUGUAAUUUUUCUCGAAGCUGUCAGUAUCCG